AUGCUGACGUUCGUGGCCCACGACCCCUCCGCGCAGUGUUUGGGGGCUUGUUUCGUGGCCAGGAAGGACGGAUCACUUCGGCGUACAUUCGACACUCGGACGGCGACCUGCUGCUUCGCAGACGCCCUGUCCACGCGGCCCCCCAUCACCUCUGCGUUCUCAGACCUCGAGGGGGAGGGCGACCGGCGCUGGGUUGCCGCCGGCGACACCAUCAACGCCUUCUACCAGUUGCGGAUGCCCCCUGGCCUGGAGCACUACUUUCGGCCCCCGCCGAUCGGCAGCUCAUGCCAUCGAGCCGCCGGCGUUCCCGUCCUUCCUGAUGGAGCGGUGCAGGGCUGCAUCGCCGUCAUGCCGAUGGGCUCCUCGUGGCUCCUGCACCUGUGCCCGCGCGUGCUGAGGGCCGCGAUCGACCGUGCCUGGGUGCCCAGCUCCGUGCCCAUAGAGGGCGGGCGGCCGGCGGUGUCGCUCUCUCAGCCGACGGACUUCGGGUGCGCGGGGCACGUGGACAACUGCCUUGCCGUCGGAACGUACGCCACCUACGUCGACGCUGUGGUCGGCCGGGUCUCUAAGCUGCUCCAGGGCGUCGGGAUCCACGUCCACGACGCCGAGCGCGCGGCCGGCGACUGCACCUUCCUCGGCUUGGAGUUGCGCGCCGGGCGGCGGCUCUCCGUCAAGGGGCGGAACUGUUGGCGCGCGCGGUAUGCCAUCGAGGAGGUCCUGCGCCGCAAGAAGGUAUCGGGCCACCCCACUCGGACCCUCCUGGGGCACAUCACGUGGACGCCCCUCCGGGAGCUGUGGCGGGCACGGCGUUUCCUGCCGCUGCUGAAAUGCGACCUGUCGGCCCCCUGGAGCAGCAACGUCACGGGCUUGGGCGCCGGCGAGAUCGGGCUGGGCGGGCGUCUCGGGUCGGACGCCUCAGCGUGCGGUGGCGCUAUGUCGCUGGCCACAUCGCUGGUCGGGAGCUCCGCGCCCGGCGGCGCGCUGAGCUUCCUGGCGCUGGCGGCCGUCCGCCCGGCGAUGCAGGCGGGGCACCUCGCGCUCCUCCGCGGCUUCCUGGCCUUCUGCCCGGCCUUCCGCCUGGGCUGGAGCUCGACGGCGGGGCCCGACGGGGCGACCGCGGCAUGCUGGAACCACGUGCUCCUCAACGCCGGGCCCCCCCGCAAGGGCGCCCCGUUCUCAGCUGCGCCGGCCCGCUUCACGCCGGGCUUGCUGGGGGCCCGGAGGCUCAUGCCGGGCGAGCCGAACCGGCGGGGCGCGUCGAUGCAUUUCGACCUGGGCCCACCCGUGCGGCCGGUCUCUGCCGCGCUGACGGCGUUGACCGUCGCCACGCAGUCGCUCUGGGCCCUUGCCGUGAUGCCGGGCUGGGCGGUGUCCAGCCGGCGCCCCGACCUCCGCGCGCAGGGCCCGCUCAGCCCGACCCCGCACUCUCUGAGGCACUGGGGCGCGUCGCACGACACCCAGGCGCUGCAGCGCCCCCUCGAGGGCACCCAGCGCCAUGGGCAGUGGGCGGCGCCGCCGAGCAUGAAGAGGUACGCCACGGAGACGCACCUCCUGGCCAAGCUGGCGCAGGUCCUGCACUGGGCCCUUCACCUCGAGACGGUAGUGGAGGAGCACUCCGCGCGGGCCCUCGAGCACAGCUUCAACGCGGAGCCGCUCCAGACGGUGGCGGGGCCCGCGGCGGCGCGCAGGGUGCCCGCCCGGCUGGCCGCCUCGGCCGUGCCCAGGCUGCGCCAGCGUGCGUUGCCUCCCCGGCGCGCGUGGAGCGCCGUCUCCGCGGCCUUCCUGGAGCUCUUCGCCGACAGCGGCCGCGCGCCGGCCGAACUCAGGGCGCUCGGGCACGGCUGUGCCGCGCUGGACCUCGCCAACGGUGCCGGCGGGAUCCAUCUCGGCCGGCGCUUCGUGCUCAUGGCAGCGGGGAGGCUGAACGCCGGCAUCAUCACGGGCUUCUUCCUCGGCACUCCUCGCACUACCUGGUCUGGUGUUUCGCGCGCGUCGCCCGCUGGCCACUUGUUCCAGUUUGGCGCCAGGUGGCGGAAAGCCACGCACACCGCAGGCUGGCACGUCGCCGGCCUCGACGCUCUGCAGAGAGCGCUGUGGUCGCGGCGGCUUCUGCUCUGA